UCUGUCAAACUUGUUACGUUGACGUUUUUGCGAAAAUCCUUUCUUUAUUUUAGUGGAAUUGUAAUAAACUUUACAACGGCCUCCGGUAACGGGUCACCGUCGCGGGUACAGCGGAGCGUCGACCGUGAUGUAAGGGCUCGCGGUGACGAGCACUCGCCUAUGUCAGACUCCCAGACACAGGGCCCUGAGGCCAUGACAGAAAGACGUCCAUUCUUCUACCCAGACAGCAGCAGUGAUACGGAGGAGUACAGAAGAGACGAGGAACGUCGCAAGCGGUUAUCGAAGCGCACUGGGCCGAAUAUCCGAACGCGUCCUACGAUGCCGCCGAAGAAUUUGAGCGCGAAUAAUCCUACACCUUCGACGUCUACUGCUCAGGAACCGCCAAGAAAUGGUCCGAAGAGUCAGAACCAGCUUGGAGAAGACAGGAUAACGCUCGUGGUGGAUAAUACGCGGUUCGUGGUGGAUCCGGCGCAGUUCACAGCUCAUCCUAACACUAUGCUGGGCAGAAUGUUUAGUUCUGGCCUAGAAUUCACGCACCCCAACGAGCGCGGCGAAUACGAGGUAGCCGAAGGUAUAUCAGCGACCGUCUUCCGAGCUAUCCUGGAGUACUACAGGCUGGGCAGCAUCAGGUGCCCCCCCACUGUCUCCGUGCAAGAGUUGAGGGAGGCCUGUGACUAUCUGCUCGUGCCUUUCGAUGCUAACACUGUUAGGUGUCAGAACCUUCGAGGGCUCCUCCACGAGCUAUCAAACGAGGGUGCCCGCCGUCAGUUCGAGUCCUUCCUCGAGAGGCUGAUACUCCCCCUCAUGGUGGAGUCAGCUCAGCGAGGGGACAGGGAGUGUCACGUAGUAGUGUUACUGGAUGACGACUCAGUAGAGUGGGACGAGCAAUACCCUCCGCAGAUGGGGGACGAGUACUCCCAAACCGUGCUGUCUACUCCUCUGUAUAGGUUCUUCAAGUAUAUUGAGAAUAGGGACGUAGCCAAACAAGUAAUGAAAGAGCGUGGUCUAAAGAAAAUCCGUCUCGGCGUCGAAGGUUACCCGACUUACAAAGAAAAGGUGCGGAAACGCCCCGGGGGACGAGCCGAAGUCAUUUACAACUACGUCCAACGCCCCUUCAUACACAUGUCCUGGGAAAAGGAGGAGGCGAAGUCGCGUCACGUCGACUUCCAAUGUUUUAAGUCGAAGUCGGUGACUAAUUUGGCGGAAGCGACCGCGGAUCCUGUGAUCGAGUUGGACGCUAAUAGGGUCAGGGAUGAGGAGAUCCCUGAGCCUGUUCCGGAACCUGAGGUGGAAGAGGCUCAGUGAUCAUCAGGCCGCUCCUCGAGAGCGGUCGCGCGGGUUCUAACAGGAUUACUUUGUUGGCUCUGAGGGUACCUCUAUGUGUGACGUGGGCGCAUUUACAAAAUGGCACGCUAGCUUUGAAAUCCAUUUGAAUUUCGAAUUUUAUUAGAAGCCGGAGUUGAAACAGCGAUUUGUAUUUGGAAUUCGGAGUUUGAAAUUGGAAUUUUGUGUUUUGGAGCAUUGAAACUGCGAUUUGUGAUUGAAACUCCGAUUUGUUCGAGCUUCGAAUUUUAUAUGAAACUCCGAGUUUGAAAUCGGAAUUGUGUCGUUUUAAGAUUGAAACUCCGAUUUGUAAUUAGAAUUUUGGGGUUGAAAAUGGUUUCAGGUUUUGAGGGUUGAAAUUUCAUUUUGUUAUUGGAAUUCGGAGUUUGAAAUGGAAUAAUGUGUUUGAAGAGAAGAUCUCCGAUUUUUUAUUGGAAUUCGAAGUUCGGGACUUUUGUCGCGAUUUCAAAAUUGAAAUUCAGGUAUUGGAAAAUGUAACCCACUCAUACAUAGAUAAACGUCAAAUAAAGUGGAAAAGUGUCGCGUUUAGGAGGUGAGAGACUUUUGUACUUAUACGCACAUAUUGUACGGUAUGCUUUGGUACAGUGGCGUGCAUUGAAAUGGGGUCAGUUUUACACUGGCGUGCAUAAAAUAUGAGUUAGUUGGGAUUGUUGCAAGUUUUUUGUAAUGGUGUGAUUUGUAAAGGCAGGCUAGUUUAAAAUAUUUUUUUGUACUUCCUAGCCUGGAAAGAUGGUUUGAAUGUACUUAUGGAAAAUACAAAAAAAUGUAUAAGUACCUUAAUCUAUUCCUUUGUUAGGUGACAAAUUUUUGAUAGUUAAUGGAUACUGUAUUAAUAUUUAAAUUGCAGUCUAAAUUGUGAAGUUGAUUCUGUGAUAAUAUGUCCAAGUACCCGAUUUUUAUGCAAGCCAGUGUAAACUGUACUUUGAAAAAAAAAAACCUAGUUAACCGAAAUAUACUUACGUGUUUAGAAGAACAUUUUAUUUUACGAUAUAGUUUUAUUCUAUGUCUUUACUCGUUUUUUUUUGGUGAAAUAAAAAUAAUUCUUGAAAAAAAAAACAUGUUCAAUCAUUUUGGAGUUAAUAAUGUCUUUGUUGGUAAAUGCACCACUCUAUGAUUCUUUUGAAAGCGAAAAAUAGUGUACUUUAAUGAGUACUUCAGUGAUUUAAUAUAGGUCCAAAAAUGACGCAUUUUAAUCUCAAUUCUCGAAAAAAAAAGAUUUUUUUUUUAACAAUUAUGUACUAUCGACCAAUGACAUGUAUGAUCCACUUUGUCGAAAAAAUCGUUUGAAAUUGUCAAAACAUUACUCCUUUGCGCGAAUUUCGACCUUAUUGUGUUGUUUUUGUCGAUAUUACAUUAAAAUAAAGAUAUACUCACAUCCUUUCUACAAAAACUUAAACAUCUGUUGAAAACUUGUCUAAAAAAAGUGUGCCUGGAAAACAGACAUGAUUUCAACGCCAUAAUCUGACUUAUUUUUAGACAAGUGUUCAACAGACGUUUAAAAGUUUUUGUGGUACGACGGAUAAUGUUUUUUUUAAUAAAAAUACACUUGAAAUUUUACAUAAGUGGUGCAUUAACCUAGUCUUAUGGGGGCUAUCAUGUAUUAAGUUUGCUAGAAAAAUCUUAUUAUAAAAAAAAUAUCAAAAUCUCCAAGGAACUAUCGUGCAAAACAAUUCGCUGUAUUAAUUAAAAUUAAAAACAAAAUGUACUGAAACAUUCCUAUAGAAAACUGGGCUAAUUAUUUUGCACGGCAGUGUAAGUUUUAAAUACCUAUGUUAUGCUCGUCUAAGCUGAAAUGACACAUUUAAACAUACAAGUAAUCAUUCGAUUGCUACACACUUACUAACAAUAACUGUACUAUUUUAUAUCUAUGGUCAAACCAAACUACUGAAUCAUCAUCUGCCUAGCCUUUUCCCAACUAUAUUGGGCUCGGCUUCCAGUCUCACCGGAUGCAGCUGAGUACCAGUGUGCCACAAGGAGCGACUGCCCUGUCCGACCUCCUCACACCAGUUACCCGAGCAACCCUUGGUAAGAUUGAUUGUCAGGCUUAAUGGCUUCUGACUACCCGUAACAACUGCCAAGGAUGUUCAAUGACAGCCGGGACCUACAGUUUAACGUGCCAUCCGAAACACAGUCAUUGGUAUCCAAAAUAUGUACUUAGAAAGUACAUACAAACUUAGAAAAGUUGCAUUGGUACUUGCCUGACCGUGAAUCGAUACAUACUUGAGAGGAUGGUUCUUAAUCCACUAGGCCACCACGAUUUCCCACUAACUACUGAAUGGGCAAUUUUAUAUGUAUUGCGUUUAUAUUGUGUAUGUAAAUGUGGUGCCAUUUUAGCUUAGUUGAGCUAUAGAUGCCCAACCUAUGUGUUCAGCAUCAAAAUUGUUGCGAUCUCACGGCUUGGCUAAUAUUUUAUUAUAUGGGUCGUAUCUUGUACUUUUGUAUCCUGUGGUAGUAUAUUAUUUUCCCUUAUUAAUUUUGUCAUAGAAAUCUGUACUAAUAUUGUAUAACUGAAUAUAUUGUUUGUUUGUACUCGCUUAUAUGAGAAACUAAUGGUCCGAUCCGGUCAUGUACUAGCCCAUAUUUCGAGAAAGGCUAUAUUACAUCAGUUUGGCAACUCAUUAAAUGAUUAGCCUAGCCGUGUCGUAUUUGGUUAAACAUAACUAAUACUAUAUUAUUCCUCUUACUAAGCUUUUUGUGCUUGUGUAAGUACAUUCGACAAAAAAUAAAUAAAUAUCUGUCAUUUUUUUUGUAAAGUUGUGUUUCCACUCUUAAUUAUUUUAAUAGCAAGAUCAUUUUCAUAUAUUCUUUUCAUUGAUUUUUUUUUUCCAGAAAUGGCAUAAGUAAGUUUUACAUAUUUUUUGUCGAUUGUACUUAAUCUAGAACAAUAUUUCUGAAUGUAAACACCGCAACAUUAAAAUAUAAUAAUAAUAACGAAUUGAUUAUUAUUCGUAAGACUAUUACUUGUAUUUAGAUUUUGUAAAACAACUAGAGAGUAAUUUGUACGGAACAUAUGUUAGAUUUUGUAUUAAAAUUAUACAUAUCUGCUGA